AUGCGUUACGUGGCCGCGUAUUUACUGGCUGUGCUCGGUGGCAAGGCGUCCCCAGCAGCAGCGGACGUAGAGAAGAUCCUCAGCUCUGUUGGUAUUGAGGCUGACGGUGAGAAGCUCAAGAAGGUCAUCGCUGAGCUCAAUGGCAAGAGCGUUGAGGAGCUGAUCGAGCAAGGCCGUGAGAAGCUGUCGUCCAUGCCGGCUGGAGGUGCCGCCCCAGCGGCCGCUGGUGGCGCCGCGCCCGCUGCUGCUGCCGCCGAGGAGAAGAAGGAAGAGAAGGAGACCAAGAAGGAGGAGUCCGAAUCAGAAGAUGAGGACAUGGGCUUCGGUCUGUUUGACUAA